AUGGCUCUUCUCUCUCUGUCAAAACUGGACCAAGUUUGUUGGAGCAGCUGCUUUAGCUUCACAGCUGUCAGCGGGCCCUUUCCGCUGUCACCUCCUCCUGCCGCCGCCGCCGCCGCCACCGCCGCCGCCACCGCACACACACGUGGUCCUGGCCGUUGCCGCUCCUGCAGCAGUCGCACUCUGGGAUUGGCUGGAGCUCGUGAGGUAACGCACUCCUGGGACGAGGUGUGGUUCGGAGCCUGUCAGAGAGAGACGUCUGCAGGAACCGAGACUGUCUCCUCCAGAGCUCGAGCGUGA